AUGAAGCACCUCAGCUCUGCACCCCGGGCCGCCCUGGUCCUCAGCCUGGUCUUUGCCUCCUUCCCCUCGGCUGGCUUGGCAGAAUCAAGCAGCAGCAGCAAUUCAACCUUGACCGUCCACCAUCCAGACCUUGAGACCCUGGAGCAGUGCCCCAAUGUAGACUUCUGCCCACAAGCAGCCCGCUGUUGCCACACAGGAGUGGAUGAAUACGGCUGGAUCGCGGCUGCCGUUGGCUGGAGUCUCUUGUUCCUCACCCUCAUCCUGCUCUGUGUGGACAAACUGAUGAAGCUAACCCCAGAUGAGCCCAAGGACUUGCAAGCAUGAGGCUGAGAAUCCUAGUUCCAAGAAUGGCAGUCACCACCAAUCUGUGGCUAAUAGCGGGAGGCAAUAGUGCUAACGUGGUUUCCAUGAUUUUAAAGUCAUUUUCACCUUUAAGCUUCAGUUACUUUUAAAAGGGAAGGAAGAAGGAAAUGGGGAUCCGAACGAGAUCAGACCAGUGCUGCCAUCACACCUAAUUUCAAAAGGCACUCGGGGGUGGGGGAAGGGUCCUUUAUGAUCUGAUUAUCUCCCUGACAACCUCCUUUCUCAGGAUGGUCCCCAUGGGUAUUGCCCGUAUUUUACCCAUUGCUUUCUUCGGGUCCCAGGAGUGGAGCACAAGAAACACACACCUUCGUCUUUCAAUCAACAUUCGAAACUAAACUCAUAACCUUCUCACCAAAAACAAGUCACUGUCUUUUGUCCCUCACCUCAGUCAAGGGCAUCACUGUCAUUUCAAAACAUGAGCAGCACCUUGGACACCCGGCUUCCUCCCUGCUCCUUGCCCUUUCCUCAACGUAUCUUCCAUGGCUAUCCUGGCCCAUUCUCCCUGUGGGUUCCCCAGUUCUGGCCUUCACUUCACCGUCCCUACACCGUUGUAGGAAUAUUCUGUUUCCUUCUCCCCGCAGCUUGCAGGUGCUGUCACACCCCUGCUGACAACCUCCAGUAACACUGAAUGACCAGGACCUCUCAACCUGGCACUCAGUUCUUUGCAAGCGUCCAACCAUCUUCCCAGGUCUAUCUCCUAGCACCUCCGGGAUGAGGCUCUGACCUGCCCAUCCUUCAUCCUGACAUCUUCCACUCCUCUGCUACCAUUUCCUCUGCUGAGGUAGCUGUCUUCCACCUCCACCUGCAGAAGGAAGGCCAUUCCUCAAAGUCCAGCUCUAAUGCUUGCUCUGCCUGGAGCCUCCUCUGCCUGUCUUAAGGGGGGCCUGGAGCUGGAGCUCUUAGGGCACUUCUGUGAUGCUCUGAGGCACAGCCAUUGUGAACAGGCCUCCUCACCAUCCGCUGAUGCUUCCUCACACUCUGGGGGCACAGACAGCUCUUCAUAAUGUUUGUCCAAUGAAUGAACGAAUAAAUGAACUAAUGAGCUCUUGCCCUCAAUGAAUUCAUGCUCAUCGCUCUGCAUUCAGAAUCUCCAUUUUUCUGUCGAUGAUUGACAUAACUGACUUACUGGAGAAGCCACUUGGUUCCUGGUCUCACAGGGAGUCACUUAGGGCAAGGAUGUCACCGUCACUGUGGACUCUUCCAGUGGGAGUCUGGAGGAGGGGAGGGUGGGUUCAUCAGAAGGAGGGAAGGACAAUGACUCUUUCUUCAUGAAAGCAUGUCUGCCCUUUGGGAGCAAACAUGUGUUUAGAUUGGAUAAACUCUAAAUAAUCAUAAUGCAAAAGAGAAAAGUGAGAAUCCUCUGAAGUAGGAAGAAACAUCUAGAGGUGGCAAAGGACUCAAAGCCACCCAACUGCUCCUUCAGAAAGUGUAAAUAAAUUUCCCCGGCAAUGGGAACUGAAGGGAUUCCCUGGCUUGCUUUGCUGCCUUCUGAAGAGCCAGUUUCAGAAUCUCAGUUGUUUAAUCAGUAAAACAGGAUAGAUUUAAUUGUUCCUCAGUGUUAAAUAAUCAUGUGAAUAAAAGUGUCUGUGUAAGUCCCAA